AUUAGCCAUGUGAUGUAGAGUAAACUCUGGUUUAGAAGCUUAUUGCCUCAGUCAAUAUUUGCAAUCGCUUUAGGGAGGGAAGUUUUUUUACUCUCUCUCUAUCUCUCUCUCUUUAAAACAGCUUUGACUGACGCAAAAGUCCCCAAGCCCCCUCAAAAUCUCCGUAAAUGCUGAUGGGUGUGCCUCACUUGCCUCCUCUUCCACAGAUGUUUCCGGCUUCGAGAAGAGCUGAAAAUGAAGGACAGGUUAGAGGAGCUCAGGAACAGAGUGAACGAAGACGGGGACUCUCUGGAUCUAGAUGACACUCUCUCCUUCGACAACCCUAUUUUCCAAGAGGAAGAGGGCAAUCCUAUGAACAAGGUUUUCCAGGAGAUAACCAGUCUCUCCUUGGCGCUGAAUAAGUUGGAAGAAUUAUCUGAGAACAUUGACAAGAAGCAGCAGCAGGUGCUUUGCUGCACUACUGAGGAAAGCAUUUGCAGGGAGAAAAAAGAGCUGAGUGCAAUCAAAGACUCUUUCACCCAGGAGGCCAAAACCCUGCAGCCGAGGCUCAACAGCAUCCAAGAGGCUCUCGCCAGGGACAGCAAGCAGUGGCUGGCCAUUAGCCGCAUACGCCACAUCCAGCUCUCAGCACUUGUUGCCCGCUACCGUGACAUCAUUGCCCACCACUACGCCAAGGAGACACAAUAUGUGGAGAAGCUGAAGGAGCAGAUCAGGAGGCAAACGGAACUGGCUGGCUUGGAUCUCCAGGAAGAGGACAUCAAGCGGAUGGUGGAGAGUCCCAUGGUGCCGCGCAUCGUUGGCCAAGACUUGGAAGUGCUCAGAGCCAAGCAGCAUCUGGCCUUGGCGCAUGUGCGCCACCAGCAGCUGCUGGACUUGGAAGCGCAGAUUGGCGAGCUGCACGCUCUCUUCCUGCACCUGGAGAUCCUGGUUGCGGAGCAGCAGGAGACCAUCAACUGCAUCGAGUACAAUGUCCUUCAUACGCUUGAUUACAUCUCUCAGUCAAACGAGGAGGUCAAGAAAGCCCUCAAAUAUGAGCGGCAGUCACGGUUAUCUGCUGCGUUGUCUGCGGUGCUGGGCCUCUGCGCUUGCUGCACAUGCCUAUCGUGUAUGGCAACUCCGAGUGUGAUGCGCUGAAUAAAGAAGUGUGGGAACAGACAUUUUUUCCUAGACUUAAAGGCUACCACUGAUGACUAAUGAUAGCACUCUGGAACAUUGGAUGUACAUGUCAUUGCAGGUCAGUCCUGGAUAGUUGCUUGGGGUGGAUGGAAGCAUUUGCAAAGGCAACUAAAUGCAUAUUCACACCCCUUUGCUUAUGGAUUUUGCCAAGUUUUUUUUUGUUCUGUUCUUAAGAGCAUGAAAAGAGGCCUGCUGUGGAUGCUGUUCUGGCCAGCAUCCUGUCUCCAGCACCGCACAGCUGAAUGCUUCAGGGAAGCAGACAGGCAGGAUGUGAAGAUGAAGCAACAACAAUGAAAAUGUGUUCAUUUCUUCAACUAUGUCUGUAGGAACAUAGAAACCUGUCUUCUACUGAGUUUGACCAUGGGUCCAUCUAGCUUCAUAAUGUCUAUGCUGACUGGCAGGGGCUCUCCAGGAUUUCAGGCAGGGUUUUCUCCCAGUCCUAUCUGGAGAU